AUGCUGUUAGCCCUCGAUAUAGGCAAACACAACAUUACUCUCGGCGUGUUCGACGAUGAACGGCUUGUCGCAACUUGGAGGCUGUCAACCGAUCACGCCAAGAUGCCGGACGAGUACAGCAUCAUGCUUACUCAACUGCUGCACCUUCGGGGAAUGUCGGUGAACGAUGUCGAUGCUGUGGCACUCUGUAGCGUUGUCCCUCCACUUACGCCCACAUUCGUUGAGUUGUGCAGACGGUUUUUUGGUGUCGAGCCUCUCGUAGUGGGAGCAGGCACACGCACGGGAAUACGCAUCCUUUACGACAACCCGCGUGAUGUAGGCGCAGAUCGUAUCGUUGACGCAGCGGCGCCCGCAAUGAGGUUGUACGGCGGGCCGGUCAUCGUUGUUGAUAGGGGUACUGCGACCGUAAUCGAUGCCGUGACCGCCGGCGGUGACUACCUCGGAGGCGCGAUUACGCCGGGGAUGACAAUCGCACACGACGCCCUGUUCAGCAACACAUCCCAACUUCGGCGCGUGGAACUGGUCAGCCCGGAAACGGCAAUUGGCAGAAACACCAUUCACGCAAUACAGGCGGGCAUCGUGCUGGGAUACGCUGACCUCGUGCGCGGAAUGGUGGGGCGCUUUGACCGCGAGCUUGGAGGCGGCGCGAAGGUCGUGGCCACAGGCGGAAUGGCACAUAUCAUUGAGAAAGAGGCCGGCGUGUUCGACGAUGUGAACCCUGACCUCACGCUGACCGGGUUGCGUCUCAUUCACGAAAUGGCAUUGUCGUCCUGA